AUGGCAGUUCCUGUUGCUUUGGUUCUGGGUGCCUUGUUUGGUAUUGCUCUCGCAGACUUCCCUGACUGUGUUAAUGGUCCACUCGCCAAUAAUACAGUAUGUGACACGAAAGCCGAUCCGUACACAAGAGCAACAGUUGUCAAUAAUAUAGGGAAUAACAGUCCUGGUGUUCCAAGACUCGGGUUGCCCGCCUAUGAAUGGUGGAGCGAAGCCCUCCACGGAGUGGCAAGUUCGCCAGGAGUUGAUUUUGCGGCUGCUGGGGAGGACUACUCCUGCGCCACUUCUUUCCCACAGCCAAUUCUCAUGGGAGCAGCGUUUGACGAUCAACUAAUCUACGAUGUUGCCACUGUGGUUUCAACUGAAGCACGGGCUUUCAAUAACGGCAAUCGCGCUGGCUUGAACUACUGGACUCCAAACAUCAAUCCUUACAAAGAUCCAAGAUGGGGCAGAGGCCAAGAGACUCCGGGCGAAGACCCUUUCCAUCUCUCGAACUACGUGAACAUGUUGAUCACAGGUCUUCAAGGUGGGCUUGAUGCUAAGCCGUACAAGAAAAUCGUUGCGACUUGCAAACACUAUGCUGGAUAUGAUCUUGAAGAUUGGCAUGGUAACGAGAGAUAUGGGUUCGAUGCCAUCAUCAGCAGUCAGGAUUUGAGAGAGUAUUACUUGCCCCCUUUCCAGACUUGUGCACGUGAUUCGAAUGUACAAUCGGUAAUGUGCUCGUACAAUGCCGUCAAUGGCGUACCCACAUGCGCGGAUAACUACCUCCUCCAAACCAUCCUGCGAGAGCACUGGAACUGGUCCGAAAACAGCCAAUGGAUAACAAGCGACUGCGAUGCAGUUCAAAAUGUCUAUAAUCCACACAACUACACUAGCACUCCUCAACAAGCCGCAGCCGACGCCCUGAUCGCCGGGACUGAUCUCGAUUGCGGGACCUUCUACCCAGAAUACCUCGGAAGCGCCUACACUGAAGUCUCGGCUACUUCGAUCCACCAGCCAUUCAACCAUACCGCCAACUUAACUUUAGCGAUGUCUCGACCUCUCAAAGCCGCUGAGGAAGGUAUCGUGUUGUUGAAGAAUGAUGGGACAUUGCCUCUUUCAUCUGAUAUCAAGAGUAUCGCGAUGAUUGGGCCGUGGGCUACAGCUACAACACAGAUGCAGGGAAGUUAUUAUGGUGUUGCUCCAUAUUUACACUCGCCUGUGUAUGCGGCGUUGAACGCGGGAUAUAGCGUGAGUUAUGUAAAGGGAGCAGAUAUCAACUCGACGAACACAACUGGAUUUGAAGCGGCGUUGGAUGCGGCGAAAGAUGCCGAUGCGGUCAUUUACGUGGGUGGGAUUGACAAUACGACUGAGGGUGAAGCCAACGACAGAGAUGUGAUAAGCUGGCCGGCUACCCAACUUGAUCUAAUCAAUCAGCUCGCCAACCUAUCGAAGCCGCUGGUUGUGGUACAAAUGGGUACAAUGGUAGACAGCGCUUCGCUAGUUGCCAAUGCUGGUGUCAGCUCUUUAGUCUGGGGAGGCUAUCCCGGGCACGAUGGCGGCGUUGCAAUCAUGAACAUCUUAACCGGUAAAACCGCACCAGCUGGAAGAUUACCUGUGACACAAUAUCCGGCGGACUAUGUAGACCAAGUCCCCAUGACAAACAUGUCCCUCCGCCCCUACAAUUCCGACAAUUACAACCUAAACAACCCCGGACGAAUCUACAAAUGGCUCACCACGACCCCCACCUUCCCCUUCGGCCACGGCCUCCACUACACAAACUUCACCAUCUCGCUCUCCCCUCCUACGGUUGCCACAUACAACAUCACCUCCCUGCUCCUCAACGCCUCAACACCCUACUCCGACCUAACACCCUUCCUCACCCUCCCCAUCACAGUAUCCAACACCGGUAGCACAUCCUCCUGUUACGUCGCGCUAGCUUUCCUAUCCGGGUCUUUCGGACCGGCUCCUUACCCGACUAAGUCAUUAGUAGCGUAUACACGCGUGCAUGAUAUCGCCGCGAAGUCGUCUGAGAAUGGGACGCUGGAGUUGAAGCUCGGGAGCUUGGCGAGGACGGAUGAGAGUGGCGACUUGGUGCUGUAA